GGCACCGCGAUUGGAAGCGAAGAGCGGGGUUCCGUCUGCAACUGCGUUUGGAAGAAGUAGAAUCGGAAAAUGGUGGUAAGGAUUCGUCUAUCGCGGUUCGGAUGCAAGAACAAGCCAUUCUAUCGUGUCAUGGCUGCUGAUAGCAGAUCCCCCAGAGAUGGCAAGCACCUCGAAGUUCUCGGUUACUACAAUCCCUUACCAGGUCAAGAUGGUGGCAAAAGAAUGGGUCUCAACUUCGAUAGAGUCAAGUAUUGGCUUUCUGUUGGAGCUCAGCCUUCAGAGCCAGUGGAGCGUCUUCUAUUCCGGGCUGGUUUGUUGCCUCCACCACCAAUGGUGGCAAUGGGGCUAAAAGGUGGACCGCGUGAUAUGCGUCCGGUAGAUGCUUUAACUGGAUGUGUUCUGAAUCAAGAGAAGCCAGCCAGUGCCAGUAGCAAGGAUCAUGAGCAUGACACUCCUGGAAACCCUUAAAGUAAUGUUUUUUAAUUUUUGGAUGUUUUUUUUUUUUCUCCUUGUUUUGUUGAACUUUUUAUUCUAGAUAUAUCUUUAAAAUCUAUGAUGUUCCCAGUUGACUUUACUGAUCAAGUGAAUAGAAUAACCAUGGUAUGUUUGGAGAAGAUGGGUUCUUUUGCGGCAUUAUAGGUGUAUCAUCUAAACCAAGGGCUCGGCUCUCAUCAAGUUUUUAGGCCGUUAAAUUCCAUUAUUUUUUUGUUUUUUG